UGCAGUCAAGUUUUUUUCACUGCACCAGAACAGUUACACGUUUCAGCAAUGAAAUAAUUAAUAAUCUUGACAUCUAAGGAAGUGUUAACACAAUUGAUGGUAGAAAACAAAUAUAAAUUCUCCCAUGUUUUCACUUGACAAGAAAGGGAAGGAGCAGAAUGAUUGAAGACUUGCAUGAGUUAUGAACUGGACUCACAGUGUGAAUAUGGGCGUUACACCCAAAGCUCCGAGCUGUGCUGUGCAGAUGUGCUGGAUGUGUGGGAAACAUCCCAGCCAGUUUGUCUUGGUGGAUUGCCUGACGAGCAAUUGCUGUUUCCCAAAAAAGUACUUUGGAACUUCCACAGCCGAGCCUUUUAAUUCAUCAGGUGUUGGUGAUUCGAUAGGACAAAAUGAAAAGAAAGUAACGUAGGACUCAUGGAGAUAUUACUGCACAGGGUAGGCUGAAUUUGUCUUCGUACGGAAGGGGGUUGUGUCUCAUUUUACAGAAAGUUGAAAGCACUGGUGAUUGGAAAAGAUGACACACUGCACAAAAUUUGAAUAGAAGACUAUGAAAGCUGAAUGAGAUUAAGGACAUCAGCUAAAAUGGGUGAAAACUGCAAAGAGAAAAACAACUUCAGCCUUAGCAGCAGUGGUCCUGUAUUUAUGCAGGACAAAUCUUCUUGAAUAUCCAACACAAAUUAGCCUGUAAAUUCAGACUAGUGAUGUUGGUAGGGAAAAAAAAAAAAAAGGGGUGGAAAGACUGUAGCUGUUUCUCACCAGCUCUUCAUCUCAAGUGUUGAAUCUGGAGGUUAAAACGGUCAGGAGUGGAAAAAGUGCAAGGAUGAAGAGACGGAGCUGGUGAGUGAGAGGAAGAAUGGCGAGAAGGUGAAUAAAAGUCAGUGUGGAAGUGGGACAGGGAGCGAUGAACGAAACUGCUCUAAAUAGCCGAACUGUAUAGUGCUGUUACUUUCAGCAGGAUUUCCUUCAGGAACAGACUGAGAGGUUAAAUGACAAAACGUCGGUGUUUGCAGCUUAUUUACUACUCGGACACUUUUUAACAAGUUGAGGGCAAGUUUAGCAGUGUGCAUUCCUCAUUUUACCACCAGAACAAAUUCCAGCCACAGAAAUCUUACUUUUUCUUCAAAUUUGAAGUUUAUUCAACCCGAAGUUCCUCACCCUGCUGUACUUCUGUACCCACACUACUUGCUUGUGGAAAACAACCCCACGGGCGAGGAAAAACGUUUUCCAGUCACGGAGCCAAGCGUCCCGCCACUGUCACCCGCCGGCGGGGCCGCGCACACAGGCCGCAUGCCCGUGCUCCCCCUCCCGCCCCCGUUCACGUAUCGGCUCCGGGGACGGGCCAGGCGCCCGGCCGCCCGCCAUUAAUCGUUAACGGCCGCCCAACGGCUCCCGCGCACGCGCACGGCGCUGUCUGUGUGUGUGUGUAUGAGGGGAAGGAAGGGGGCGGGGCCACCGCCGGCGGAGCGCGCGAAAAUUCCAAACCGGCGGCGCGAGCCGGGCCGCGCGGGUUGUAGAAUGGCCCAGGAUACUACAGCGCCAACACUGGACUUCAAAUAUUGGUUGGAUAAAGCUGUUGAGUGGGGUCAAGCCACCACUUUGGAAACCCAGAAAGAUGUCUGCCUUCACUUGCCCCAGCUGCAGGAGUUUCUACAGCAGACUUACGAGACUUUGAAACAUAUGAAUUCAAUUGUAGCAAUUCAGCAGUUCCCUUUAAUUGGCCAGCUACUAGGAAGGCUUUGUUGGAAUCCUUUUGUUAUAGGAUAUGAUGAAAGCCAGAAGACUCUGAUGUGGUGCUUAUGUUGUCUGUACAGCAGUGAACCACAGAACCCUGUGGAAUUGAAGGCCAACAGCUGGAUACGGAGUUUGCUGUGCCAUCUCCUUUCUUCAUCUAAGUGGGAAAGUAAUGAAGCUGAAACCAGUACAUUCAUAUCAGCUCUUGGCUACACAUCAGCAGAUUAUUACUGUCACUUAGUUGAAAAUAUGGUCUCCUCAUUAGUAACAGAACUCAGAGGAAAUCAAUUUAAUGGACUUACCGUUCAAGGGAGAGUUCCAGCCAGUCGUGUGAAUGCUGUGUCCCUUUUCUGUCUCCCUCUUAUUACUUUGCCUGAUAUAACUCCACUGCUGGAAACUCUUCUUCUUUACCAUGGAGGCGCACCAAAAGAAAUCUUGAGCUCACAGUUCCUGGAGGCUGUGAAUGAUGCCUUUUUAAAGAAGAAAAUCUCCCUUUCUGAAUCAGCUGUCUUCAGUCUCUGGCUUCGUCACUUACCAAGCCUUGAAAACACUACGUUACAUGUUUUAGACCAGCUGUUUUCCAUUCAGAUGAAUUCACUGGAAGAAGCGGCUUGUGUCAUAAAAGAUUCAUUUCUGCCACAAGCAGCAAGCCAUCCUGCCAUUUUCAGAAUUGUUAAUGAAAUCUUCAAGAAUGCACUGCUGGAAACUGAUGGAACUCCAGAAGUUAUGACCAUAAUACAGGUGUUUACACAGCUCUUCGUUCAGGUUCACCAGAAUGAAAACAAGCAGCAUAAAUUUCCACUGAAGGCCUACUUCCCUCACCAUCACCAGCCCCUUGUAAUAGCUUUACUGAGACGUCCUUUUGAAUUGCCAGCCACACACUGGUCUCAACACUUGACGCACAUUUCUGAUAUGCUCAAAGCCUUGGUAGAAGACAGAAACAUUAGUUCCUCUGACCUUUUAGAAAUCUGGUUUUUGGUUGCUUGUUUUGGAGAGUGGCUGGAUAUUGCUGCAGAACAAUUGCUGAAGGCAGCUGUAGAACCAGAUGCUUUGCUGUGGCUGUUGGCAUUUUACUACUGUCCUCAGAAUGAAAACCUACAGAGGACUCAAACAAUGGCAGAAGCUCGAGCAGUCUACAACCAUCUAAUGGCGCUCUUCAACACUACUACCCUUUCUGUCAGAGAUCUGCAGGCUGCUGUAAACAAUAUAACAGAUACAGAGCAAUGUUAUACCCAGCAUCUUACAACACAUCUUCUUACCAACUUUUUACUAUUUUCUUCCAGUGGACAUAUGAUUGCCCAGGAAUUUAUUUCCCAUAUUACUGAGACAACUGAUGUAAGCAAGGAAGUUCGUAGCCUUCUUAUCCGUACUGCAUACAGAAUUAACCAAAAUGGAGAAGAAAACCAAAAGACUGUGAAGCUGCUGAAUGAACUUCUUCAAAAACUUAACGUUUGAAGCUUAGGUUUUUAAUGUCAUCUCCUUAUCAAGGCAAAAAAUCAGGGCUUUAAUCAGGUGUCAACCUUUCACGAACAUCUUGUAUUACUAGUUAGCAAGGUUAGAAGAAAAAUCUCUUAGCAUUCUGACUUAAGGAUAGCCCAUAACUUUUCCUUCCCUCAUAUAUUUGAAAAUUUAUUUGUUUUGAAAUGUAGCCUAUUAGAAUAUAAAAGAAAGUGUGAAAGAUGGUUGAAAACUUUGUUCUCAUCUCUACCUGUUUUACAAGAGACCAAUGUCAUUUAAAGCAGCUUACUCAUCUUGUUGUUUAUCUGGCUGUGGAUCAAUUUUUCUCCCAAAUUACUCAUGGUUUUAUUAGCAAAUUGUAUCCAAUUGUUUGGUUGGUAAGUUGUUCCUAAAACGUUUUGUUCUACAAUUCUGCUUUUACAAGAGUAGCGAUGAUCUCAAGUGAGAGUUAAUGAUUCAUGGUGAAUGCACUCCAUGUUCUCAGGAAAUCAACAGUGUUUCCUGAACUCUUUAAUUCUUUUUGAAAACAUUUCCAAAAUAAAACUCCUCUCAGAUCUGGUAAGUGAUUAACUAACAGUACUGCAGCUUUCACAGUACGGUGUUCUCUCCAAUGAGCUGGUCUCUGUCGACAGAUGCUGCAGAUAGAAGGUUUCUCUCAGUAAAGCCUAUUUUCAGUGUGUGGAGACUGAUGCUAUUGUUUAUUUGUUUAAGAAAUCUUUUUUUUUUUUUCUUCAUAGAGACAAAAUAGGGCAAGCACAACAUAAGUGUAAGGAAACUUUCUAGUUUGAAGGCCAAAUUUCCUAAAGAAAGCAUGCGGUUACAACUCAUCUCCUUCCUUUUUUGUGUCAAGAGGUACGGUUUGUUUGCUUACUUCUAUCUUUGUGUCAUUUGUCUGAUGAGGAGAACGUCGACAGGGAACAAAGCCUUAGUGUUUUACACUUAGGAAAGUACUUAUCCCAAGAAGCGUAGUGAACACGUUUCUAGCUUAACUAGACUAGUAAGAAUGGAGAAUGGUAAUGGUAGAGCACCUUAACACAUUUCAGUCAUUUCUUCUCAUAUAUUACCUAUCUAGCUUUAACGUCAACACUUAUGCUGUGUUCAAAGAUACACGCUGGAAUAUUAUUCUUGCGUAUAAAAUUGGAGGUACAUAUCUUAAAUUACUAUAGCUUUAUGGGUGUAGCAUUUGUUUUUGAGCAAGGGAGAAGAAAAACAAAGUUCUUAGUAUCCUUUGGCUGCAAGAAGUGGAAGAAUAUUCUGUAACUGUUCUUACAAUUUUGUUCCCAGUGAGUCAUAUCAGACUAAAUUACAGAAGUUACGUGUCCUCUGAGUGAAUUUAUUAAUAUGGUUGUAAUAUUUGACUCCAGCAUAUGAAGAAAUAAUAAAUAUUUAAUAUAUGUCUGUGAAGAACACUGCUUUUUCUCUUUUUGGAUUAAAAAUAGUUCUGAA